GCCAGAGCUGCCCGUUCGGUACUUUUGUACUUAUUCCCGCAUCCAGAGAUGGCUUAUGCGACUGGCCGCCGGAGGUUUCUGAGCCUUCCGGCGGUGCAGCCAGGCGGUGAAGUCUCCCCGGCGGCUCUCUCGCAUUCCCUCGCCUGCCUCGCCGACGAGAUCUUGGCCCUUCGCAACGCCACCUUCCCCGUCCACCGAAGGAACGCCCGCGAGGCGAUCCGCCAGGUCAGCGCGAUCCGCGAGUUCCUCGCCGACGUCGCGCCGGCUUCCCUCCCUGCGUCCGCCGCGGUGGCGCUCUCCGAGCUCCACAUCACGCUGCAGAAACUCGCUAACCUGCUCCGCGACUGCGCCCGCCCCGGCGCCCGGCUGUGGGUGCUGAUGCACUCAGAGCAGGUGUCGAACGACUUCCGGGCGCUGAUUAAAUCGGUAGGCACCGCGCUCGACGUCGUCCUCCCGCUGUCCGCGACCGACGCGUCGCCGGAGGUGAAGGAGCUUGUGCGGCUGGUGGCGGAGCAAGCGUGGAAGGCGGAGGUCGGGACCGUGCCCGCUGACGCGCUUACCGCCAGAAACGUCGAGUCGGCGAUCGUCCAUUUCGAGAACGGCAUUGCUCCGGAUCCGAUCGAUCUCGAACAGAUCAUGGAGCACUUGCGCAUCCGGAGCUGGAUCGAUUGCAACGAGGAGAUCCUCUUCCUCGAAGACUUGUCCUCAUCGAGCGCCGAAGACAUCGACGUCGUCGAGCAAAAGGAAGCAGCUUUACUCGGUGGUUUGACAGCGCUGAUGGUCUACUGCCGGGUGACUGUGUUCGACGCCGGCGACGACAGGAAGAGCGGAGAAGCAAACCAACAGAAGGCCCCGCCGCGCACCAUGAAUCAAGUGAUGAACCUGGACGACCUCCGAUGUCCAAUCUCUUACGAGAUGAUGCUUGACCCUGUGACGAUCGCAACGGGGCACACCUACGGCCGCGCCUCCAUAUCGAAGUGGUUCAAGUCCGGUAGCCUCACCUGCCCCGUCACCGGAGAGAAGCUUACCGACGCCACCUUCGUCCCCAAUUCCAGUGUUCGCUAUUUAGUCGAACAACUCUACCGCAGCAAUAACCUCCCCAUCCCCGAGCCUUCUUCCAGGCAACGCAAUUCGAGCAAGAGUGCCGUGACGACGCCUGACUCCACCGCCGCGGCCAAAGCGACGAUGAUGGUCGCCGCUUUCCUAGUAAGCAAGCUCGCGUCGUCCUCCACGAGGCGCGAGCAGAGGAAGGCUGCAUCGGAGAUAAGGAAGCUCACGAAAUCCAACGUGUUUAACCGGGCGUGUAUGGUGAACGCCGGCGCAGUGCCAUGGCUCCUCCAUCUCUUGUCGUCGCGGGAGGCUUCCACGGAGGACAACGCGGUGGCGGCGCUGCUGAACCUGUCGAAGCACCCGAGCGGCGGGAGGGCGAUCGUCGACGCCGGUGGGCUCGGCGUCGUGGUGGACGUCAUUAGGGUGGCGCUCAAGGUGGAAUCGCAGCAGAACGCGGCAGCCAUUCUCUUCUACCUCUCGUCGAUGGAAGAUUGCCCCGCUGAGAUCGGCAACAUGCCCGACGCAAUCCCGACAUUGGUAGAGCUGGUAAGGGAAGGGUCGUACCGUGGGAAGAAGAACGCCGUCGUCACUCUCUUCGGGCUUCUGCUCUGCCACAGCAACCGAAUCAAGAUUUUGGAAGCAGGAGCGGUCCCAGCGCUAAUCGCUCUGCUUCCGAUCCAAGAAAGGGGGGAUAUCGCCAGCGACGCGGUGGCGGUUCUGGCGAAGAUCUCCGAGGAGCCCGACGGCGCGGCGGCAAUUGUCAGUUGCGCAGACGGGAUUCCCCGCCUGGUGGAGUUCUUCCGGACGACGGGGUCGCGGUCGGGGAGGGAGAAUUGCGUGUCGGCUCUGCUGUCAAUGUGCGUCCACGGCGGGGCGGAAGUGGUGAGUCCUCUGAGUCAGAUGCCGGCGUUGAUGCCGGCGUUGUACUCGCUGGUGACGGAGGGGUCGCCACGAGCGGGAAAGAAAGCUCGGUUGCUGAUCGACCGCAUACACCUACUCGACGAGCAGGGGUGGCCGGCCAUGGCGCCGUCGUCUGUGCAAGACCACGGCGUCGUGCAUGCCCAGUGAUGGAUUGGAUUUGGCGCUAGAUUUAUUAGAUUAGAUUUGGAUGUCAGCUCAACUUUUUUAACACGAGCUUGGAUCUGGUCAGGUGGAGAGAUUUCGUAGGUAUUAGUGUACAUAUAUUCACACAGUAUUUAAAAUAUUAAAUACUUUGAUUUUGUGUGUAUAUAUAAAUAUUGAGAAUUGAGGAACCGUCGAGCCAAUCCGUUAGGUUUAGUGGACAAGUCAUUUCCUAUAGUUCAGUCAAACAAACAAACUACAAUUAAACUUCAUUCCUCGAGCAAAGUCAACAAUAUGAAAUCCUUGCAUACCAUUGACUUCAAUCGAGACAGUUGUCAUAUAAAUUAGAAUUCAAUAU